UUUCAUUAGAGAGCGCGUAUUGGUUUUGCAUCUCAGCAAGUAUGUAAGAUUUAUCGGUGACGACAUGUCGUUGAAGUUUACUACAGCAAUUGAGAUCACAGAUCAAGUUACGGAACAACAACAUAGUCGACGUGUUCACUACGAAACAGAGAACGCUAAAUUAUUGCUUUUGGCAAUUGAAAUACGGAAUGACCGCCUUUUGUCCGGCUGUUCAAGGUCGUUGGGACGAAACGGCGGCCAGAUCUGAUAGAGUUUACCGUUUUUUCUGUGCCAAGAAUUUGAAUGAGACAUUGGUCACCUCUCUCCGUUUAAGUACGUCAAUACGAGAUAGUAUUUGAAGUUUAUGAACAAUUUGCACUGAAUGGAGACGACUCUCAGUUCCGUCCGGGUUAGUUCACACGCUGGAAGCUGGUAUACUGCAGACAGAACAGAGUUGUCAUCACAGUUAAACACUUGGUUGGAAAGUUGUGAAAAGAACGUCCCAAAUGCAAAUUCAGUCUGGGCAAUUAUAGUACCUCAUGCAGGUUACCGACAUUCUGGUUUAUGUGCGGCCCACGCAUACCGUCUAAUAAAUCCUGACAAAAUAGAAUGCAUUUUUAUCAUAGGUCCCUCACAUCGUUUAGAUAUUGGGAAUACAUGUGCUCUGACUUCUGUAUCUGAAUAUGAAACUCCAUUUUAUAACUUAAAGAUUAAUACCAAUGUAUACAACAGCCUCAAAAAGUUCAACUGCUUCAGCGUUCUCGAGAAGAGUCAGGACGAAGCUGAACAUUCUGUAGAAAUGCAGUUACCAUAUAUUGCUCACAUCAUGAAACGUAGGAAAGAUCAGUACUCCAUAGUCCCCAUAGUUGUCGGUUGCUUAUCAUUCGAAAAACAAGAAUUCUUCGGGAACCUCCUAUCGAGUUAUAUGCUAGAUGAGAAGAAUCUCUUUGUGAUAUCUUCUGAUUUCUGUCAUUGGGGGAAACGAUUUCGAUAUCAGUAUUACAAUAAAUCCGAUGGUGCGAUAUGGCAGUCUAUUGAGAAACUCGAUCACCUUGGUUUGAAUGCGAUUCGAAGCCUGAAACCGAAAUCAUUCAUAAAAUAUCUUGAAGAGUACAGGAACACUAUAUGUGGCAGGAGAAGUAUAGGCGUGUUCUUAUUUAUGAUUGACCGUAUUCGACAGAAGCAACCGUUUAACCUGGAACUUAAAAUCCUAAACUAUACACAAUCCAACCGCUGCCAGUCAAUGGAAGAUUCAUCAGUGAGUUACACUGCAUGUGCUCUAGUCAGUCGUGAGUAAAUAUAUAAAAGGAUCCGUAAGAAAAAGUUUGUUAUAUAUUGAAGUAAAAUUAACAAUCCCUAAAGUCAUGACUUUUUACUUUAAUGUAAACAUCGAUACACAUAUUAUAAUAUGCAGGAAA